GUCACAAAAACAAAGGCCAAGAGACAGACAGUGUAAAACAAGUAUUGAAGAAAGCAAGGCCACGCGCUUUGCUACAGAAUGGAAAGAGAGAAACAUGAGUGGUGCUUCCGUUUCCUCUGCUCUGGCGGCCACUGCGUCUGCCUCUGCCUGGAUUCACCGCAGCAUCAGCAAUGGCAAAUGCCUUUUCUCUUCCAAGCAACUUAAAGGCCGCGUACACCCCUCUCAAUCCCACUCUCAUCAUCACCAACACCACCCUUUUCUUCUCAGAGUUAUGAAUGAGUCAAGCAGGACUGAAGUAUCUGCUGAUUCUACCAUUGAGAGAACAGAAGGUGAUAAGAUAGUUGAUGGGAUGGACUUUGGUGAGCUUUGUGACGAGUUUGAAUGCAUUAGUAGCCCCUUGGUGGAAUCAACAGCAAGACAACUAGUACGUGAUAUUCUAGAGCUAAGAGAAGGCAAUCGUGCACUAGGAACAUAUGCAGUAUCUGUCAAAUACAAGGAUCCAGUCAGAAGUUUUACUGGUCGUGACAAGUACAAGAGACCACUUUGGAUAACUGGUGCUCUGGAAAACCCCUCUGUGAAAGUGCAAGAAAUGGUGAUGCUAUCAACCAGUGUACUCAGCAUCAAAUGGACAAUACAAGGAAAGCCUAAAUCUUUUCUUGCUAGCAUAGGUGGAGAUCUGAUAAUAAGAGUCAAUUCACAAUUCACAUUGAACCAGAUUAGUGGCCAGGUGAUUGAGCAUGAAGAGUUCUGGGAUUUAUCCUCUUCAUCAGUCAUUGCUCAGGCAUUUUUCUGGACAUCUCGUCAUCUCUUUGCUACAAUUGAGGCAGGGAAGGACUUGGCAGAUGGAGCCAAGGACUUGUCAACUCGUUUUUCUUCCAAGCAAGAGAACUUGGAGGUUUAUCCAGACCCUUCUGGUGAUCCAACUAAGUUCUUUCAAAGGGACGAUGGAUUCCAAAGAGAUGUGUACCAAAUUGCUUUGUUUCUGGCAGUUCUCUAUUUUGUGGUACAGUUCCUGAGAACAACCUUGUAAUACUCAUCUUCCUACAAUCCUCAUUCAUUAUUUGAACCUAUCAUUGUAAUUAUCAGUUUUUUAUAUUGUCAUACCAAUAGAUACUGAUUAUAGAAUAUAUUAACGAUGUUCAAUUAAAAAUCUGGAACAGCAUUCAGAGUGA